AAAACGGGCUCUGGUUUGUCUCUCUCACCUCCACAGUCCAGUCACUUGGCUGAGUGUAAAUAAGAAUCGGGCGUUGCGUCCAGGACGAAGAGAAAUGUGGGACUGACACGCCCAAAUGGGACAACGUUACACAGCAUCGUAGGUUUGUGAGACCAUUCAUUUUACUCAGUCUUUGAUCAGGAAAAAUAUUUUCAAUGGUUCAUUGCACAAUUGAUGUAUAAAAUUAGAUGGCAAUCUUAUGAGCUAGCAUCCUAGCUAGUUGAAUAGGCUAGCCAACGUUAGUUUACUCAGGGUCUUAGCAGGUGCAUUGGUUGCUGGUUGCCCCAGUCAACCCGAGCUAUUCGCGUCCGUCUGUCACGUUAGACCGCGGCUGGCAGUUGUAGUUGUGUCAUUAAGAUUUAAUGCUUUUCUCAUGUGCCAGCUGCAAACCAUGACAAGUAAGGGCAUGAUGAGGUUAGGGUAGCUAAUGCCUGUUUUGGGAGUUGCACCCUGCAUCCCUCAACAGGCGUAGAUAAGCAGGGCGUUAAAUAAUCAAGCAGCUAGCGCAGCCAUAAAAAAGGUUUAAAAGCUAACGGUAAGCGCCACUAAGCCUGUGGACCGAGGCUUAUUAACCGUGCUUUGUGUGUACAGUAACAUUACUCUGGUCAGUGUUUCGCGUUUCAGGCUGUCGCUUUAUCUUGGCUCAUCAUUUGAAACAUUGCCAUGUCAACGCUAGCAUCAUUUUAAAGCAUGUGAAGCAAUUCACUGCCAUGGCAUUUGUUGGUUGUCCAAUUGUAAUUCUAGGAUCAUGGUCACUUUGAAAACCGUUAUUUUAUUUAAUCGUCAUUACAAUAUGUUUAGAUCAUCACUUUGUCAUUUAUUGAACCAGUAUCACAAUCACGCGGAGAGCCUUAUUCUUCCCAUUGUAAUGCAUGGGACGUCAAUGUUGUGACAGCUGGCGAUGACAGCUGGGGGUUGAGGCCUGUCUGUCUGUUGUAUGUCUGAUAAGCGGUGUUUCUAGAUCGGAAACGGUGUACGUUGCGGUCGCAGGGGGCAGUUAAGGAUACGUAAUUAGUGGGUAACUGACAACCCGAUACAGCUGAUCGCUCAUGUGUGGCCGGGUAGUGAUCAGAUGAAUCUUUAGUGUCUUCUUGCCUUGCACUGUACACGCUCGGCCUUGCAGCCAAAUCCCCAUAUCGCUGUGCGUGUGGCCUCCUCUGCAAUCCGCCCCUAUCUAUGCGUGAUGGCCUUGUCAGUCAGAUAGCAUCUCACAGUGACUACUAACAUAAAAGCAAUGUCUGUAAUUUAGAGCCAUCCUGGCAUGGUGGUUUUAGUUUAUUGUACAAGCGACCCCACCCGGUAGUGAUCAAGCUCAGUGUGUGUCAGUCAGUCACUACACUGAUGGGGAGGGGGGAGUGAAGGCAACACAAUGGCUUAGGAAGUUAACACCGGGGGAUUGAAUUCACACCCAGGUGUAGAAUCUCAUCUCUGUUUCAUGAAAAGUGCUUUUGCCAUCCACAUUUAUCAGACUUUUAAAAUGAGGUGUGGCGACAGCCAGGCUAUUUAGGCUAGUUGCAGUUUUUAAUAAAGAGACGGGCAUCGUCACACAGCACAGUACAGUAGGAGUGAAGUGCAUCUCUGUCCUGUCCUGAUCUGAUGUGACCGGUGUUCUGCUGGUGCUCUAGGUUUAUGACAGGCGAGCAGGAGAGGAGAUAUGAACAAACCCAAAAUGGCUCUGGAGAAAGGUGUUCCCAGUAGCUCUCGGGUGCUGAUGUUACUGGGUCAGCUGGAGAGGAUGAAUGGGGAGGCCAUGAUGUCUGAUGCGGAGGUCAGCCGGCAGGUCACCAGCAAGAUCCUGCACCUCAUCCAGACGCAGGAGAAGACCAGGAAGGAGUUGACCACAAAGGGUUCAGGAGGAAUGGAGGUCAUCCUGUCCUCCCUGGAGAACACACGGGACCUGCAGACCAUCUUGAACAUUCUGGGCAUCCUCAAUGAACUGCUGAGCGUAGGUGGCGGCAGGAGGAUAGGUGUGUGUGUGAGUAAAGGAGGUACGGGCGUGCUGCUGCAGCUGCUGAUCAGCUCCAGUAAGGAGACGCCGCCCAACGAGGAACUCAUGCUGCACGUCCACUCACUGCUGGCCAAGAUAGGACCCAAAGACAGGAAGUUUGGCGUGAAGGCUCGUCUGACCGGGGCUCUGAACGUGACCGUUAACCUCCUGAAGCAGAACGUCAACAACAGCAAACUGCUGCUGCCCUGCCUACAGGUCCUACGCGUAUACUCUGCCAACUCCGUGAAUGCGGUGUCCUUAGGGAAGAGUGGUGUUGUGGAGCUGAUGUUCAAGGUGAUCGGACCCUACAGCAAGAAGAACACCAGCGUUAUGAAAGUGGCACUGGACACGCUAGGAGCUUUGCUGAAAUCCAAGAUGAAUGCGCGGCGUGCGGUGGAGCGUGCCCAGGUGUGGUCUCUGCUGGCCAUCUACCAGGACUGGCACCGCAACGACACGCGCCACCGCCACACGCUGAUCCGCAAGAGCAUCCUGGCCUGCCUCAAGAACGUCACCAACAGCAGGCUCGGCAGGAAGGCCUUCAUCGACGCCGACGGCAUGCGGAUACUCUACAACACAUCUACCGAGUGCCUGCCAGUGCGGACACUAGACUCUAUUGUCAACACCUCCAGCCUGAUCAUGAGGAAGUGCUUCCCCAAGAACCGCCUGCCGCUGCCCACCAUCAAGAGCGCCUACCAGUACGCCCUCCCCCACGUGCCAGCAGGGGGCCCCGUGGAGCAGAUGUACAACCAGCCACCCGGGGUGGAUGACGUGGUGGAUGAGAGUGAUGAUAACGAGGACGUGGAGCUCGAUACAGAAAACGACACAGAGAACGAGGAGGACGACAAGGACAAGAAUGAGAAUGACGACAUUGAGACGGACAUCGCGAAGCUGCGGCCCCGCCACACCCAGUCGCGACCCAUCGACGAGCUGAGGGUGUACGAGCGCUUCUUUCUGGAACUUUCCGAGGACUUCCUGGAUUUCGACUUGAGUGACCCAAGAUCGGGUAUCGGGGUGACCCCCGCCCCUCCCCUCCCCAAACCCCCCAAGCCCACCACACUCCCCACCGCGGACCAACAGCAAGACCCCCAUCGCCCUGUUCCUACACCUCCUCCUCCACCGCCUCCUUCAACCAAAGACAAUCAGCUGGUGGACCCCCCAGCUGCAGACCCGGCGGCCCAGGCUCGGCAGCUGGAGAAGGGUGAGCCGCGAGCUCCAGAGCCUCUGGAGCCCCAGGAGAGCAUCGGCCUGAGCCGUGCCCCAGAGAAGCUGCUCCUGCUGGGGGAGACCUUCAGUCUGAGCCCCGCCGCCCCCACCACCCAGGACCACACGCCACAGGGGGAGAUCGGGGGCACGCCGCGCAUCCUGGAGGCCGCAGACCUCAGCGGCAGCCUGGGGCGCCUCCUACUGGAGGGCUGUGGUAGUGGAGCCCCCAGUGUCGGCGGUUCUGAGGACGGCAGCGUGGAGCAGGGGGUUCUGGAGGUGCCCGACACGGCGGCCAUGUUGCCCCUGCACGACCCGGAGCUCUACAUCCAGAUGGCGAAGGGAACGCGCUCCGUCCCCAGCUACACCGAGGUGGCCUACCCGGACUACUGCGGACACCUGGCGCCCACCACGCCAGAGCCCAUACUGGAGAGGGUGUACGGAGUGCAGAGGACUAAGAUCUUCCAGGACAUCGAGCGCCUCAUCCACCCCAAUGACAUCCUGGACAAGGUGGUGUACGACCUGGACCUGCCCAGUUGUCCUGUCAUCGAUGAUGGAGAGUCGCUCAAGUUCAACUCGCAGUUUGAGUCUGGGAACCUGAGAAAGGCGAUACAAGUCCGAAAGUUUGAGUAUGAUUUGAUCCUGAACUCGGACAUCAACAGUAACCACUACCACCAGUGGUUCUACUUCGAGGUGAGCGGCAUGCAAGUGGGCACGCCGUACCGCUUCAACAUCAUCAACUGUGAGAAGGCCAACAGCCAGUUCAACUACGGUAUGCAGGUGCUGAUGUACUCUGUGCAGGAGGCCAUUGGUGGGAGGCCACAGUGGGGGCGAACGGGACAGGACAUAUGCUACUACAAGAACCAUUUCUCCAGGAGUUCGAUCGCGGCCGGCGGCCAGAAGGGCAAGUCCUACUACACCAUGACCUUCACUGUGACCUUCCAGCACAAGGACGACGUCUGUUACUUUGCCUACCACUACCCCUACACCUACUCCACACUAAAGAUGCACCUCCAGAAGCUGCAGGAGAAGUGUGCGGACGGCGUGUACCUGCGGGAGGACGUGCUGUGUGACACGGUGGGGGGCAACCCCUGCCCCAUGCUCACCAUCACCGCCAUGCCCGACACCGCCGGACACACACACCUCAACCAGCUCCGGGGUCGGCCGGUGGUGUUCCUGACGGCGCGCGUGCACCCGGGCGAGACCAACGCCAGCUGGGUGAUGAAGGGCACGCUGGAGUUCCUGAUCGGCACCUCGCCCCUCGCACAGAGCCUGCGGGCCUGCUACCUCUUCAAGAUCAUCCCCAUGCUCAACCCAGACGGAGUCAUCAACGGCAACCAUCGCUGUUCUCUGAGUGGGGAGGAUCUGAAUCGCCAGUGGCAGAGUCCCAAUCUGGAGCUGCACCCCACCAUCUACCAUGCCAAGGGCCUGCUGCAGUACCUCAACGCCAUACAGAGGGCGCCACUGGUGUUCUGUGAUUACCACGGCCACUCCCGUAAGAAGAAUGUCUUCAUGUACGGCUGCAGUGUCAAGGAGACGGUCUGGCAGACAAACAUCAACGCAUCCUCCUGCGAACUACACGAGGACCUGGGAUACAGGACCCUUCCCAAGCUGCUGUCCCAGUUGGCUCCUGCCUUCAGCAUGUCCAGCUGCAGCUUCGUGGUGGAGCGCAGCAAGGAGUCCACGGCCCGCGUGGUGGUGUGGAGAGAACUGGGGGUGCAGAGGAGCUACACCAUGGAGAGCACGCUAUGCGGAUGCGACCAGGGCAAAUACAAGGGUAUGCAGAUGGGUACGCGUGAGCUAGAGGAGAUGGGAUCCCAGCUGUGUGUGGCUCUGCUGCGACUGCACCGCCUCACCUCACCCCUGGAGCUGCACACACACACACACACGCACGCGCACACACACACACAGCUGCUGGAGGUGGAGAACGAACUCAUCGAGACACAGCACCGGCGCUGCAGCGUCACCACCAGCCCGAGCACGUACGUGCUGGACGAGGACGAGCCGGUUCUGGAGGAAGUGGACUACAGCGCGGACAGCGACACCGACCAAGAGCUGCAGGACCCGACUGAGCCACUGUCCGACUCCGAGAUCAACUGAAGGCCUUGCCUAUCUGCCUGGUCCCAAGCCGACCAAACCAUCCAGGGGUGCGUUUCUCAACAACGUCGUUGCUAAAUAAGAGAGUUAGCAACUUGCGUACUUGGUUGCAAUGCAAUUUUACCAUUGGCUGCAGCAUGCUAAGUUGCUAACUGGUUAGCAACGAUGCUUUUGAGAAACGGGGUCCUUGCAAUGCUCACUCAGCCUGCUCAGCCAACAUCCAGCCAAUCAACCAAUCAACCCCCAGCCAGCUAGCCAACCGACCAAUCCCCAGCCAGCUAGCCAACCGACCAAUCCCCAGCCAGCUCAACUUGGGAGCAUUCUACCAAACCAACCAAUCAACUCUACUCAACCAUCCACAGACUCCACCACAAGGUUCAACCAACCAACCAACCUGCCAACCUACCAACCUACCAACCUACCAAAUAUACUUUAUCGGCUGCAUUGCUAUUCAACCGUGGCUGGCCUGCAUAUCAUAGUUAAAGCCCUGAACCCCCUCCUCCUCAUCAUCAUCCUCCUCCUCCUUUCAUUCUCCCCAUAGCCUUGUUUUUCCUGGUUCAUCCCCCUCCACCACUACCCUGCAUUAGCAUUAACUACUUCACUUUUACUGCUCAGCCUUACUGGAGCCCCAGACCCCCGCCCCUCCAUCCUCCUGAGCAUCCAAGACUUUUAUCCACCACCCCCACCCUGCAUUAACUGUUUCACCUUUACUGCUCUGGGGUGCAGUUCUCGAUACCGUAGUUGCUAACUGCAUAGCUAAUAUGUAGUUUGCAAUGCAAUUUCCCAUUGGCAACUACCGAAGUUGCUAACUGGCUAACAACUACGUUUUCGAGGAACACACCCCAGCCUUAUUGGACCCCCGCUCCCCCUCCAUCCUCCUGAGAAUCCAAGACUUUUAUCUACUCUAAGGCAACCUAAAAAAAAAAAAGAAAAAGAAAAAGAAAAACCCUGAGCACCUGUGUUACUUGAACACUUCUGUUUGUCUGUCUCGCGUGGUCAACCAUGGCCGCCUAACGGUAACACUUAAGAAUGACUACCCAAAAAAGGUGUUAACACUUUAUUAACAUUUAAUAAUGAACAAAGCAUUUACAAAUGUUUGUUAAAUGAGUAAGAACCAAACUACAGCUGCACAGUGUGAAGUGGGAAUCAACUUCCACUGUGUGAGUUUCAUGUGGUUUCAUGCCUUCUAGGUCUUUGGAGGAGACACUUCCAGGACUGAUGCGACUGUGCUGUGUCUGCUGUGUUAACAUAGUAUGUCUUGCUCAUUUAUAAACAUUUGCAAAUGUUUAGUUGAUAAUUAGUUCAUUGUUUAUAAAGUACUUAAAACGUUUUUCAUAGGUAGUUAUUCUUAAGUGUUACCCACCUGACCACCUUUGCCUCACCUGUACACCUGAAUGGUCCUGUUACAACACACAACAGGAAACAAGUCGAACAAAAUCACAGAAACACAGUUUGAAUGAUUUUAACAGAAAUCACACAAAAAACACUUAUGCACACCAACACAUAUAUGCUCACUCCUAGAGUGUAAUGGUUUGCAUUUAAAGAAAAGAAAAAAGAAACCUGCAUACUAGACCUGCUGCAGUAUUAUGUACUUAACACACGAGUAGAAGAGGUGCACAGUUUAACAUGUACACACAUACACAUACACACGCACAUGUACUUGCACACAUUCAGUACAAACACACGUUUAACACACACGCACAUGUACUUGCACACAUUCAGUACAAACACACGUUUAACACACACAAACACACACAAACACACACAUGUACUCCCACACAUUCAGUACAAACACACGUUUCACCGGGCGAAUACACCGGCCGCGAUGAGAUUGAAGCGACAGAGAUUCGCUUCUGUGCAGCAAGAGCGAUACGAGCGAUUGAAGCGACUAGAGUAUGUCCGCUAAAAGCAGAAUGCAAGCAUUCCAACGUUCCCAUUGGCUGUGGCGGUUGUCGCCAAACCGCGUCAUAGCUAAUUACAUAACUAAAAUCGCUUUUGUCGCGCGCCUUGAUUACAAACUCAAUUUCUUCCCUUGCUCGCCUCGCUCAGGUUGCGGCUGGUGCAUAACACACACACUCACACACACACACACACACACACACACACACACACACACACACACACACACACACACACACACACACACAGAACAUGAAUGUACUAUAAUGCCUUUCACUAUCCUGUAAAGCCUAUACUAUAUAACCAUAGUCAUGCACUAAGCCAGGUUGGCAGGACUCCCCUGCCACUGAUCCUGUUUAUUUUCCUGAUGGUUCGCAUAUCUUCACAACAGUGAUCGUGUGUGUGUGUGUGUGUGUGUGUGUGUGUGUGUGUGUGUGUGUGUGUGUGUGUGUGUGUGUGUGUG